GUGGAGCUCUGUAGCUGGAAGGGGCAGUUAAGUGCUGAGGUGCACCCCGAGACACUCAAGCAACCCUCCGUUGCCUGCAAACCUCAGGACUUGGUCUCUUUGCCUCAGAUGGAGCCCAGAGAAGCCGCUGGGAAGGAAACCAUGGGAAGCAAGAGGAAGAACUUGACCUUCUUGAGAUCCAGGCUGUAUAUGCUGGAGAGGAGGAAGACGGAUACUGUGGUGGACAGCAGUGUUUCUGGGGACCACUCUGGCUCCUUGAGGAGGAGUCAGUCUGACAGGACAGAAUACAACCAGAAGCUACAAGAAAAAAUGACACCUCAGGCUGAGUGCUCCUCGGCAGAAACCCCAACCCCUGAGGAAGAGCAGCAAGUGGGACGGAUGAUGGCGAAACGGGCGAAGAUCAUCAGGGAGCUCAUACAGACGGAGAGGGAUUACCUCACGGAUCUGGAGCUGUGCGUUAGAGAAGUGGUCCAGCCACUGAGAAGCAAACAGAUUGACAGGCUGGACGUGGAGAGCUUGUUCAGCAACAUUGAAUCCGUGCAUCAGAUUUCAGCCAAGCUACUGUCCUUGCUGGAAGAGGCCACGACAGACGUGGAACCGGCUGUGCAAGUCAUCGGAGAGGUAUUCUUGCAGAUUAAAGGACCGCUGGAGGAUGUUUAUAAGAUCUACUGCUAUCACCAUGACGAAGCGCACAGUGUUCUAGAGUCCUACGAAAAGGAAGAGGAUCUGAAGCAACAUUUGAGCCACUGUAUCCAGUCCUUAAAAACUAUAUAUAUGCAAGAGGGCAAGCCGAACCUGCUGGACAUGGGUUCUUUGAUGAUCAAACCCAUUCAGCGAGUGAUGAAAUAUCCCCUGCUGUUGUGCGAACUCCGGAACUCGACCCCGCCCUCCCACCCAGACUACAGAGCCCUGGAGGAAGCCUUCGCUGCUGUGAAGGACAUUAAUGUCAACAUCAAUGAGCUGAAAAGAAGGAAGGACCUAGUUCUAAAAUAUAAGAAGAACGAGGAGGAGGAGUCCCUCAAAGACAAACUGUCUAGACUAAAUAUUCAUUCAAUUAGCAAGAAGUCCAAAAGAGUCACAAAUCAUCUGAAGAUCCUGACCAGAGGAGACUCUCAGGUGAAAGACAAUACCUUUAACAGAGAAGAAAAGCUUUUCAGAUCGCUCGAAAAGACUGUGAGACUUUGCGUGAAGAACAUUUCAUCCUGCCUUCAGCACAUAGAGGAAGCCGUGCCCUUCACUCUGCAUAGUGUGGCAGCGCUCUGUGAGAUUUCAUACAAGGAUGGAGAGAAAAACUGCAUGGAACCCCAGAGUCAAGCUUCAAACCCCUGUCACGACUUUGCAGCUCGCUCUCAGAGACUCAUCCUGAGCCCCCUGUCCACCUUGCUAUCCUUAUUCCCAGGGCCCCAGAAGCUCAUCCAGAAACGCUACGACAAACUCCUGGACUGUAAUAGCUCCCUGCCUCGGUCAGCAACCACUGAAUCAGACUUAGCCAAGAGAGAGUAUGAGGCCCUCAACGCCCAACUCGUGGAAGAGUUGCAGGCAUUCAACCAGGCGGCCAGGAAGAUCCUGCUGAACUGCUUGCUUAGUUUCGUCACCCUCCUCCGGGACUUGAUGCUGGUGGCUCUGCAGGCUUAUUCCACAGUCAAGACGGUGCCACUGCCAGUCUUGGGCAUCUCAGAGAUUCAGAAUCAAGUGCUGGAAGAGGUUCACAGCUUGAAUUUUGUAAAGGACAACAGUGCCACCUUUAUUGAGAGGAAACUUAGCUUUGAAAAGAAGAAGCCCACACAGGUUCUGCCAGAAGUGCCACAUCAAACUGAUGUUCACCGCUCCAAACUUCUGUCCACAUAUGGAGCAGAGGAACUCUACCGAGCUAAGCGCAAGUGUAAUGCCACACAAGAACAUGACGUCAGUCUUCUAGAAGGGGAGCUGGUAGCUGUUCUGGAGCAGAAGGAUCCCCUGGGGAGUACAAGCAGGUGGUUUGUUGACACCGGAUUUGUAAAAGGCUACGUGUACUCUUCCUUCCUGAGGCCCUACAAUCCAGGGAAAGAGCAGAAGGUGGAUGCAGAGAACAGAUUCUGUGACGACGAUUUCGAGAACAUCAGUCUCUUUGUGUCUUGCCGGCCGGCCGGUGACAGUGUCAGCAUAAGCGACAGCAGCUCAUCUCUUAGUGGCUCUUGCGGGAAGUUUGAAACAAAUGGUGCUGAUGCGGAUAAUUUUCAAGAGGUAGACGAACAGGUCUUCUAUGCAGUCCAUGCCUUUCAAGCACGGAGCGACCAUGAACUCAGCCUUCAGGAGUACCAGAGAGUCCAUAUACUUAGGUUCUGCGAUCUAAGUGGGAAUAAAGAGUGGUGGUUAGCUGAGACUCAAGGUCAGAAAGGGUAUGUGCCCGCUAACUACCUUGGGAGGAUGACGUAUGCCUAAGGAAAUGAGCGACAUUUCCCCGGCAAGCUGCUUAUUGACUACCUCAUGAAGCCGACGACGAAACUUCAAACCCGAAAGCAAGAGACCUCGGAACUGCAUGAACAGCGUACCACGUUUUGAGGACAAUCUUGCUUCCUAAUAGGACACCUUCACCGAUGUAUAAAGAAUAAUGGUUGACAGAAAUACUACCAACAAAAACAGCAGGUAAAACAGCCUAGGCUCUGACUAUAUUUAUAAAGGCAGAGAUCUUUUGAGAAGACAUAUUUUCACUGAUCAUCACCGAAGAGUGGAUCUAAGAGGAAGGUUUUUCCACUUUAUCGUAAUUUUUUUCCUGUACUUUGCCUCAGACAUAUUGUUUUUCACAUUUCUUAUUUGUACAUGUACCUGUUUACAUGCACACAUAAUAUACUUGGCAGUUUAUACAGCAUGAGCACAAUACAGAUUAUGCACGCAUGUAUAAGUCACAGAGUAAACUAAUUACGCAGAAAAACGACAGGCAAUUAGAAGUCUUUAAUAUAGGGCUCCAUUUUAAAUGCAUCUUUAAUGAAAGGGAGACGAUAAGGUAUUAGUAAUAUUAAAAACUUACUCAAUGUGUACUCCAUGAUGCCCCUUGCUUUCAAUGAUUUCUAGGUCAUGAUUUAAUGCAGUGUAAAGAGUAAACACUGCUAGCAAAGGUAGAGGGGGUCGAGCACAGGCAGCAUGGUUCCGACGUCUGUUCCUACUGAGUACACCGGACACGCCUUGAGUGCAAAAGAGAGAUGUGAACAAUGGGCCUGGAGGAAAUCAGAUCCACAUUUCAAUCUUUAACAGCUUUUCAAAAUUAAGGGCUUCCACGAGAGCCGGGGAGAGAAGAAUGAAGUGUCAAAGUUUAUUCUUUGUAAUUCUUAUCUUUGUGAUGAAGCACUAUGGAAGUGUAAUGGUUUUAAAGCUGUCACAAACGACUACUGACGAGGCUUUAAUGAAGAAACAGUUCGGCAUCACUCUGAUUUAGAGGUACAUGAGCAGUGCACGUCCUACUUCAGAGCCAGGGUGCAAAUACAUUGAGCAGCCAGUUUGUACUUAGACGAGGUGUGGAGGACUGCAUUAGCACCAUGGUAGGGCAUUGUGCUUUAAAUUUGGCGACUCCCCUGAGAACUGUCCUCCAAAAUUUCAGGCAUAUUCAGUCAAGACAUUAAUGGAUUCAAAAAGAGAAAGCAGGACAGACGCAGGGAUGAAAUGAACCAGAGAACACGCUCAGGAGGAGGGAAGGAGAACUAAAGUAGUUGGAGGCAACAACUCCAUAGAGAAUAUUUUAUGAAGACCGAAAUGCCUGGCAUGUGUGUCCUUGGUCAGCAUUCUCAAAUAGCUGCUGUACAUCAGGAACUCUGAUAACAUUGAGGGGUUUAGCACAGUGCAAAUCAAUGCAGUACCCGGCCAUGCAAAGUUUAGAGUCUAAAGAGGACAGCAGUGGGAUUAUAGAAGAAAACCCACGGUGAUGCCUACUGAGAAACAGUGUGUUUAGGAUCAUGGAACAGGGAGGCUUCUAAUUUUGUUUAAUUUCCAGUGGUUACUCUUUUAUAAUUACAGUAGAUUUUAAUUGCCUAUAAAAUUCCUAAUGACAUGUUUUAAGAUUUGUUACUUUGAAAGAUUUGAUCCAUUCAAUAUAUACAAUAUAUCAUAUAUAUGAUAACCAUAUAUAUACAUAUAUAUAUAUGGUUACAUUUAUUACUGAGCAAUAUCCAUAACAAAAUAAAGAGUUCUAUUUCUCCCAGGGUAGCUGACUGAAUACCAUACCUUCUCCCCAAAGCAGAAGUAGGAUUUUUACAUGAAAGAAACAAUUUAUACUACUACUAAGAACAUUAAAGUUGUUUUAUAACAUUCUCAUGACAUUGGUUUUGUUGUAGGGCAACAAAAGACUUUCUAAAAGAUAUUAGAGACUUUAAAAAAGUUAAUUUCCCUUUGAAUUCAGUUUUAACACAUGACUUUGUUUGCCUAAGUUUAAGCAAAAAGAAAUAUGAAGUUGCUACUUAAGAACACUAUGAAAACGGUUCAAAGAGGCAUAAUUGGUACAUGGCGGUGUGCACGUGCACACCUGCACACCACACCAAGCUUCAAGGUUUUACACAACAGUGAAGGAUUAUACCAAUAGCACAGUUGUGCUUUUCUGGCUGAAAUCAGUGAUUAGAUGCAGGAGUUUUGUCUACUGAUGUGACACUAGGAGUGAUGCUUCCUGUUUGACCUUUGAAAAACCUGUGCCUGGAAAAUCAAUCCUUCACUCAGCUCCUGAGAGAGAACUGUUAUGAAGCCAGUAACUGCAGCUUUCCUAACAUGAUGUGCCCAUUACUAGAAAUGAGCUCUGAAAAAUUAUAUAAUACCUUCAUUUUCUACUUUUUUUAAAAACUUUUUUACUUAAAAUCAAGUAACUCGUAAUUUUGCAAUUAGACAUUGUUUUAAUAGACCCCAGAGAAAUAAAUUUCCAAGAAAGUUUAUAGUUUAUAGGAGAUAUAUAUAUAUACAUAUAUAUAUGUACAUAUAUAUAUGUAUAUAUAUGCAGGCUAGUGUGUUUUUUUAUUCCUUUUAAAAUUAAAAUUGUACAGAAUAGUAUCCUCUGACGUGGGUGAUAUUUUUUGCCAAGAUGAAGAGGAAGCUUCUGUAGUUAUUUUUCUAAAUAAAUAAAAAUAUAUGCAUUUUAUUUACAUUUUAUUUUGAAAUGCACACGUUAAAACUUCUAGUAUACAUAAUAUACAGUGUGAAAUAUUCAUCUAGUAACAUAAAAUUAUCAUUGGUGCACAAUCAUGAAAAAGUCCCAAAGCCUGUUUCUGAACUUACCUUAUACUUAAGAGAAAGACAUUGACUUUGAAGGAUAGGCAGAGAAAAGAUAAAAAUGCACGUUUAGUCACAGCAAUGAAGCAAUGGGUAACAGAUGCCGAAUGCUGGAGCAUUCUAAAUCGUUCCAAAAUACAAUUCAGAUUUUUGAGAAACCACUUUUAAAAUGCCUGAUGCUACUUGAGAUGAACAUAGUCUGGGUGGUUUUCAAAAACGGUUGUUUCAACUACUGAGACAUGGAAUUGUCACUUCUUGGAUCUUUAUCCUCCCCCAUUGACUUUACAAAGCUGUAUGAAUAACAGGAGUAAAUUAUAAAACAUAAAAACCCUUUAAGUUGUUUGUAGUAACUAUAGCUUCCUAAUAUAUGCACUGCAUUGCUAACUAGUGAAAAUCCUAGACCUUUCAAAACUCAGACCAAAUGAUCCUAUACAGUAUAUCAUGGCCAAUAAGGUUGUGAUUUCAGUCACUGACUAGACAGACACUGGACUUGGAGUUCUGUAGGAAUAGAUCCUGUGUAAAGAAUGCAAAUCUUACAAGUCUAAUUCUGUAGUUGCUUCCUCCUCUAUAUACACACAGAUAUAAAAUUAUAUAUAAUGUCCAAACUACAGCUCUUCAGGUCUACUGGAUCUCAAGUUGAGGUCUUAUUGUAGCUACUGUUUUCACAGUUGUAUACUCUAGUUAGAUGCAGGUAAAAUUUGCAUAUUUUGAAAGAACUCAACACUUUAGAAAACACUCUAGAAUCAAGAUGUCCGUGUUUGGAAAUCCCCGAGAAGAUACUUUUACUAAAUUAGUUUUGUUUUGCUUAAAAUUCCACCGAGGCAUCUGAGCGUAUCCAUCGCAUUUCUGAUUUCUUGUGAUUUUAAAAUUUCAUUUUGUUAAAAUGGAUGUAUUUUCUGUGAAACCUGUAGGUCUUAAGAAUUUAUAAUUGUAACUAAUAAAAGCACUACCAUGCCCUUGUGAAGACCUGGAGUAAUCUAAUUUUUUAAAUACAGAUGUGCUUUAUACUGGAGUCACAUUCUGGUACACUCACCAUGGGUCUAAAGCACCCUGCUCUAUCAUAGUUCAGCGAGUCAGUACUACAUGUAGAGUAGCAGUUGCUUGGUGUCACGAUUACGUGAAUUACUGGGAGCUGCAAUCUGUUGCCCCUACCUGGAAAUGAUCUGAAAUAGUCUUACAGAGUGUGUGAGUGCUUCAGGAGGAUGACUUGAAGUGCAGAUGCUACUAAAUGGAUAUGACUUGCACACUACUGGAAAAAAAACCAACAAAAGCACUGUAAACCAGGGGUCAUUUGUAUUCUUUCAUUUUAUCUUGACUGAAUUGUGUUUUACAAAGUGGGAAACUAACACAAAAGGGUUGAAAGACCAGCAUUCUUUCAGUGUCAUUUUGUCUCAUUUUUUCAAGUCACUAAACUCUGUGGUUAAUCUCAUAAAUUACAAUAUGAAAAACAGGAAAAGGAUACUGACCAAAAUAGUUUGAAUCGUCAAUCCUAAAUCUUUAUACAAGAACACUUGCUGUUGUGGUUGUUACUGCGCUGUUUCCCCUUGGCUCCUGUGUUUCAUCAUUUUGUUGCCAUCUGGUGGUGCUUUUUGGAAAGUUAUGGGACCUAGAGGCGGUAAAGACUUACUGGAAGAAGCCUUCACUGGGAGCUAGAUUGAGGUUUUAUAGCCUGGCUCUAUGUCCUGUUUCCUAUCAGCUGAGACAAGCUGAUCAACUGGCCUCAUGGUCCUGCCGCCAUGCUUUCACCAUCAUGAUGGAUGGUAUCCCUUGAGAGCUGUACGCCAAAAUAAAUCCUUUCUCCCUAAA